AUGCUCCAAGAUGUAUCAGACGACGACGACGACCAAGAAGCUCCAGCACGCCCGUAUAUGGCACUGAUGCAGAAAUUCCACGAUUCAAGUGCGCCAAGCGCCAAGAGGAGAAAGAUUGCACAUGAUGAGCCCUCGAGCCGGAGCCCAAGUCCCGCCGUGAACCAGUCAGACGACGAGGAAGAGCCCGAGUCUAAGCGGGAAGACAUUGAUGAGGCCGAUGAAGAGGAAGAAGAAGGAGGAGAUCCAGCUUCCAACAUUGAAGAGGACCCAGAGAACGAUUCAGAAGACGAGAUUGACGCUACGGACCCGUUCGAUUCACAUUUCGCCAAUCCAGAUCAACAAAUCAGCUCGCAAUCUGUUGUCGCGGCGAAGAAUGGAGAGUGGACAACGACUCGAGCUAUUGUACAGCCUUGGAGAGCAGUUCUUACAUCUCCUGGCACCGAUAACAAUGCCUCCGUUCCCCAGCCAAUAUCAGGGCUCGGUGGGUUGAAGCUGAAGCAGAAAUUGCGGGACACGGCAAAGGAGAAGAUGGGCAACCUAGAUGCAGCGCAAAAAGCAUUUGCACCCUUAUUGUUCGACUACAAGGACAUCUUGUUUUGCGAUCGAUCCGUGGAGAACUCCAACAAAAUACGCCAGGCGGUCUGUCUCCAUGCGCUCAACCACGUAUUCAAGACUCGAGACAGAGUGAUUAAUAACAACUACAAGCUUUCAAAGGCUGGUGCUGAUUCGGAGCUUGAACUCCGAGACCAAGGCUUCACCAGACCCAAGGUCCUGUUCCUUCUACCAACACGCAACUCGUGUGCCAAGAUGAUGAAGGUAAUUCAAGAUUUGGUUGAGCCAGACCAACAGGAGAAUUUUAAGCGGUUCAAUGAAUCAUACGCUGAAAGCGACGAAGCUUUCGGUGCUGAUCGGCCUGCCGACUUCAAGGAUCUGUUUGGCGGCAACGACGAUGACAUGUUCCGCAUCGGUGUUAAAUUUACGCGCAAGACUAUAAAGUACUUUGCGCAAUUCUAUAGCUCCGAUAUUCUCUUUGCUAGUCCUCUUGGUCUCCGCAUGGCAAUGGGAUCUGAGGAAGAGAAGAAGAAGCCUGAUUUUGACUUUCUCAGCUCCAUUGAGAUGGUCGUCAUGGAUCAAGCAGACGCUCUUCUGAUGCAGAAUUGGGAGCACGUCGAGUACAUCUUUGAGCACUUGAACCUUCAACCCAAGGAUGCUCACGACUGCGACUUUAGCCGUGUCAGAAAUUGGUACUUGGAGGAUUGGGCAAAGUAUUUCCGACAGACUGUCAUCUUGUCUGCCUUUAACACUCCUGAAUUGGCAGAACUCCAGAGGCUGUACUGCCAUAACUGGGCCGGAAGAGUCCGCCUGCAGCCAGAAUACCCCGGUGUUAUUGGACAGCUGGGUGUCAAGGUCAAGCAGACAUUUUCACGCUUCCAGUCGAGCGCCGUGGAGAGGGAUCCCGAAGCUAGGUUUGACUACUUUAAGUCUGCCAUUAUCCCAUCUUUGGUGAAGCGAUCCAAAGACUCGAGUGGAACGCUCAUUUUCGUCCCAUCCUAUCUUGACUUUGUACGCGUGAGAAACUAUUUCGCCACUGCCGACGAAGUGAGUGCUCUCACUUUUGGAGUGAUAUCUGAAUACACUGAGGUUCGAGAAGCAUCUCGAGCUCGAUCUCAUUUCCUGACUGGUCGACAUCGGAUUUUGCUCUACACAGAGAGAGCUCACCACUUCCGUCGGUAUCAGUUCAGCGGUGUUCAGAGAGUCAUCUUUUACGGGCUGCCGGACAAUCCCAUCUUCUAUAAGGAGAUUGCUGGUGGAUACCUGGCCAAGAGUGAGAAAGACAUGAAGAUUGAGCCUGGUCAAGGAACGGUGCGGGCCAUCUUCUCCAAAUACGAUGUGAUGAAGCUGGAGAGGAUUGCGGGCUCGAAGAGAGUAGGAAAGAUGAUUCAAGAUCGUGGUGAUACCUUUGAUUUCGUGUAG